AUCUACAAGAUCUUAGGAAUUUUGCUCAACACGUCCGAUCCGAACUUUCUUGAUAAACCAGUGGCCGCCCGUUGACGGUGACCACUAUCGUUAUUCUUGCCCUAUCACUCGACAAUUCACAAUGGCUAAUCAACCCGGACUGUGGAAGAAGCGCAUCCUCGUACCAUUCUGGUGCGUGCGGAUCUGUAUCAUGGUCUUCCUCAUAGCAGUCUAUGCAUACACUAUUCGUCGCAUUGAUGGCAUUGGAGAGUUCGCAAAGCCCGCUGUUGCGAGUCUUGUGGUUUUCAUGCUAUUCAUUGCCAUCUGCCUCCUCAUCGAUAUUCUCGCCAUCGUACUUUUCUUGCGUGAUGCGCUGAAGCCUGGAACAUUCCUCACCAUGAACUGCUUCCAGACAGGGUUCUUUGGGGGGGUUCUACUGAUGGACAUUGUGGCUGUCGCGAGAGGAACAAGCGCAGCUGGCAUUAGCUUCAGCAUCUUUGUAUUCCUCUCUUUUGUCGGUCUUCUGAUCUACUCAGCAGUCGGCUACCACCGCGCGAAGAAGCAAGCUCUGCGAGGCAACUAUAGUGCAGCGCACAACCCAGCCAUGUACAAUCCCGCCAUUCCAACACCCUACCCGCCGCAGUAUCAGAACGCUGCACACCAGCAGAACACAGCGUACUAUUCACAAACCGAUACGCCAGUCGAGCUUCAACAAAACCAGUACCUCCCGCCAUAUCAAGCGCAGGGCGCAUCAAACGACUACUAUAGUCAACAACCAAUGAAACCAGCGCAUAUGGUGUAACUGCGCGAGAACUCGAUAGCAAAUUCACACUCAUCCAGUCUACUUUGGCAUUCAUUGUCCAUCAUAUAUCUUACGGGAAGACACAGACUGGCACUAAUCCCUUCAUGCCAAUGGCUUGCAGCACAGUACCCCUCAGCAGAAUCGGCAUCAACGGUGAUAGCUGUCUUCACACCUAGCAUGUGCCUUCGA